AUGUGCAGAGGGAUGGUGGACGACCUCCGCCCGCUCGGGCCCCGGCGGCUCGAUGUGCGCGCCUUCUACCUCCGCCUCUCUUCCUCCUACUCAUCCACGUCGCCGCCGCCCGCGGAGCUCACGCUCGUCUACCGCCCGGCCAUCGGCGGCUCCGCACUGGAGCUUGCCAGCCGCGCGCUCCCGCCGGCGUGCCCCGCCGAGGCCACCCUCCUGCUCGUCCGCGGCGCGGACGACGCGCCGGCGUACGCGAGCGCCGAUCGCGUCUCGGCCGCCGAGGGCGCGCGCUUCGAGGUGUACGCCGGGAAGGAGCUCGCGGCGGAGGGCGCCUUUUUCCCGCGGCGGCGCCUCGACGGAGGAGGGUGGCGCGUCGAGUGCCGCCGGCCGGCCGGGUCGCGCUCGCGGGUGGCGGAGGUGCUGGUCCUCGCGGAGGGCGGCGUGCUCAUAAGGGCCAGGGCCAGGGCGGCGAGGCGGAUCGGGUGCGCGACGCCGCUCGAGGGGAUACCGGAGGAGGAUGCGUCCUCCUGGGGGUCGUGCGAGUGCGGGGCUUGUGGGGACGAGUGGCAGAUGGUCGGAGACAGCAGCAGCGAUGAUGACGACGGCGACAAGCUGAAGGAGGAGGAGUUGGAGGCCGAGACGAUGCGGUGGGCGCUGGAGAUGGGCGCCUGGGCGGUGUGCGUCGGGGUCGGCCUGCUCGCCACCGCCCGCCGGUUCAGCCGGAGGAGGGCCGCGCUCCGGUGA